AUGACCCAGGUUGAACCUAUGAGAAACAGUGAGGUUUCUGCUGGUUCUUCUGGGAAAGAGACUCUUACAUUUUUCCUCUGUACUGAACACCAGAAAGGAUCCAAGACUGAAGCUGCUACCAUUCUCUUGCAGACACAGGAAGCUCGGAUUAAUUCUAAUCAUGAACAGUCUGCCUCAGACGUCCAUGGCAGGAAUGAGAGUCCCAACAGCAGCCACCAGAACCUCAAAAUCACAGCCAAACAGGCGAUCUCCUGGAGAAUCUGCUUGAAGACCAGAAGCGUGAAAAGAUUUAGGGAGGAGUUUUUAAAACAGAAGUUCAGUGAAGAAAAUAUUUUGUAUUGGCUAGCAUGUGAAGAUUUUCAGAAAAUGCAUGAUAAGAAACAGAUGCAAGAAAAGACAAAGAUCUACAUGACCCUUCUCAAACAAAGUCAAUGUUAGGGGCAGUCCUGGCUCAGUGAAAAGAUCCUGGGAGAACCACACCCUCAGAUGUUCCAGAAACUCCCGGACCAAGUCUUAAGUCUCAUGAAGUACAAUGGUUAUGGUUCCUUCUUAAAGUCUGACUUAUUUUUUAAACACAAAUGAACCAAGGAAAAGGAAGAAGAUCUGCCCAAUGCCCAAGGUGCAGCUAAAAGAGCCUCAAGGAAUAUCAGAGGUGUAACUAGGAUGACUAAGACAGAAAGGCACCUUGAAGACCUCAGAGAUGACUCUCCUCUGAAGGCCAGAGAUGACAGUGAUGGAUGCUGCAUUGGAAUUGGAUUCCCUGAUCUCAACGGAACCAUGGGAAACAAGAUAGAUGAAAUUACCCUAAUAAGUCACAAGAAUGAAGAGAUAAUCAGAGGGAUCUGCGGCAAUGACCCGUUGAUCAUCAAAUUCCUAGAAGCUUGCUAA